CACAUGAUGAUAGUCCCUCUUGUAUGGGGAGUGAUGGGAGUAACAUGGGAACCCACGCGUCUUCUUCACCUACCAGCGAUGGGACCCCUCGAGGUGGGUCAGGACCCAACGGUAGCGGCGGUAGUGUGGGCCCGACAGAAAGAAAGAAAGAAAAAAAGAAAGAAAGAAAAAAAGAAAUGUAA